AUGACACCCUCUCCAACCUCUCAUCACCACCAUCCACAAACAUCAGUUGAUAUCAUCAACAUUUCUACUGAUUUUGGAUCAACAACUCCUCCAUCUGCCGCCAAGACAUCCGCUACUCUUGCUCGUCUUUUUGCUCCCCAAAGUUAUAUACCAUCAGGUUAUCAAUUCAUCUACUUUGCUACUCCUGUUUGCCGUCGUCUUUCUGAGCUGCGUCGCCUUGUUCAAGGCGUAGGAUUGAAUAACUCUCGUGUGCUGGAUAUCCAAUAUCCUGUACAGAAUGUAAUUUCUUUUCUUGUUCAUAAUGACUAUGUUCUCACCCUCACCAAAGCCAUGCAUCUCCAUGGUCGUGGCUGUUCUCCGUUGAUUGACUUUGAUCCAUGUAAUCCAGUCAAUCUCAAGGAUCCCAAAUUUGCUUCUCUCUCUCCUGAUUUGCGUAUCCAAAAGGCCAUUGAGGUCGAAAACCUUCGCUGUCUUCGUUCGCUGUCUUUUGUCCGUCGCUCUGUUCGUAUUUCUGUUGCCCGUUCUUUUCUCUUGUAUGAUCGCAUCAACCAAGCCCAAUUUGAAGCCAUUUUGAAAGAGGAAAUGCUUGCUCGUUCCUCCUCCUCUGCUGCUGCUAAACCACCAUCCCCAUCCUCUGAUCAAGAGCGUUUAGCCAAGAAACAACGUUUGAGUUAUCUUGGCUACCUCUUGCAUCAUGAUGCUGAAACUGCCUCUCUUUUGGCUUAUGCUGUCUCCCCAACUCUCUCUGCUACCAAGGAUCUUGAAAUGUCAGAGUCUUCUGAUAACUGA